GGAAUCGAACAGUCGUGCCUUUAACGAUUUUUCGUCCGACAUUGGUCAGAAAAUUGAUCGGCCAGGUUAGAAAACUUUAAUCGGUCACAGUGGAAUCUAUCUAUUGCCCAGUUGUUUGCAGGGCCAAUCAGGUAGCUACCCUCGGUUUUCCUGGCUUCAACUAGACAAUAUUGCUUGAAUUGGUCUUUUUAGUUGAUGGACAAAUCGUACCGGUACAUUGAAACGAUCGUUUCAAGAUAAGCUUGGUCUUAUGAUAACGAAAAAGAUCUUUUAAAAAUCCUAACAUCUAUGGCCAGCUUUAGUUUCAACAUUUGCUAUGUUGUUUUUGUACUAUCUGCAAUUAAAUGUAUUUUUAUUUAUAUUUUAUACAGUGUCCCAUAUUUUAUUUUUGAAAAUUGGGUUUUAAGAUGCAAAGUUCCCAUGCCCACACUAGGCAAGGUUUUGUGUAUUUACUAAGGAUCGUUUGCACAUAGGGGUUUGCUUAUUGGUGACCUUUAAUCCUCUCCAGUCCACCAGGUACUGAAUGUAGGUGUCCCAGCAGAUUUACUUUCCCAGUACUCAUGGUUUCAACACCUCUUGUUGACUGUUGGGUCUUUAGCAGCAUCCCUGCAGUGUUACUCCAUUGCUGUGUGAGAGGGCAGCCUAUCCGUUGCAAUAUUGAUGCCUGUUGUUAAAGGGUUAAUCUUUCUAUAUGCAAGAUGUCCCAUUCUUGGUAUAUUAUUUCAGAGCAGUCACUAGUUUGAUACAUUUGUUACAGUUCUCUGUAGUACCAACUUGUCCUUUAAAACCUAUAAAUACAGAGCAGUAUUUGCAGUAUUUGUUCUGAGUUCAGCUGCUAUUGACAGUCCAUUAAAUCUCAACAGAACACUGCACAGCUUGAAUGCACGGGGGAAUGACAUCUGUACUUGCCGUAAGGCCAGUGGUGGGGAUAGAGUAUCCACCUGGCCGGUAUUUUACCAGCCUGGCCAAUAAAAAUGAUGGCUGAUCCCAAUGAUAUUAAUAGGAAAAAAAGAUAAAUAUAUAGGAAGGCCGGUAUUUUUUUCCAAAAAAGGUGGCAACCCUAAGUGGGGAUCAAUUACAGGCAGGUUGGUUCCACCCCCUGAGCUGCUAAAAAUUGUGGUUACCAAACUCCUGCAGCGAAAGUCUAGACACCCUGUAGCAUGGAUAUAAAUGUCCAUACAUAGAUAUUCUCAUAUGAAAAAAUUUUCGUAUAAUAUUCGUUGCCUGCAUAGUAGGAGACGAGCCAACGAUAUCGGCAGAAGACGAUGGAUAUCAGUCGGCUUGUCGAUCAGGCUGGUUAUAAAUUUUGAUUAGGUGCCUUGGAGCCUAGGGUUGCCACCUUUUCUUGAAAAAAAAAAUACCGGCCUUCCUAUGUUAUUAUUUAUUUUCCCUAUUUAUAACUUUGGGAUCAAGCUGAAUUUUUUACUGGCCAGGCUGGUAAAAUACCGGGCUGGUGAAAACUCUACUUGGAAGGCACCUGAACAUUGAGCAUUCGUGCUGACUCGUCAGAUACAGGUAGAAUUCUAUUGUUUUUAUCUGUAUAUCUGACAAUUCAGCUCUACACUUGUGUAUUGAAAGGCACAAUGUUUCUGGGAAAGAUUGUAAUUGUAGCGGCCACCUAACCAGGGGUCCACUGGGCCACGGGCUGAGCUAUUUGCAAUUUUUUUUUUUUAGCAAGCUCACUAAGUAAAAAACAAAUGUUUUUGUAUGUAUACAUAUUUUAUGUAUCCACUGUGACUGGUUUGUGUUUUUAUUAUGCAACACCCACCUAGCCACCGGUCCCUGGGGCUAAAAAGGUUGGGAACAGCUGAAUUACACAACUAAAGAUUAUCAAAGUGUUUUUGUUUAUUUUGGAAAGAAGACUUCUCACCAGGGGCUGGCCUCUCCCAGCUGUGAAUAUUCAGUAGGCCCGGCCUGCCAUGUGAGGAGGGGAGGGGGGCAGAGAAGUGUCAGCUGCUGCAGAUUGGAUCCUUCCCCUGUUAUACAGCAGGCAGGUGCCGUUUUGGCCACAUGGGCAUCGAGAUAAGGCUGCAGGCUCAGUGUGCUGGAAGGACCGCAUGCCCAUCAUAUGAUAUUGGUAUCCGGGUGUUGUGAUUCCCGUCUCUGUGCAGCACUGAACAGCUGAAGGUGCAGAAUCCGAUCCUAUCAUACUUGGUGGCCCCUAGUAACUGCCUUUCUCGCUCCUGACUCACAGCUGCUAAAAAAUUCAGGAUGGCCCAGCUGUACUUAUGCGCCAUUGUUUUGAGACAUGCGGAAUACGUCGAAUAUUGAAAGCUUGGAUGGAAGAAGCACAGUCCGUUCCCACAAAUGAAGCCCCCUUCUGAGCAGAUACCCAUCCACUAAGAAUGGCCCCCAUUGUACAGGAGAUGGUGGGAAGCCCAAGUAAUGACCUGAGUGGGGAACAAGCAGAGUUCAUGGCAUGGGGUGGCCUGGCUGCUGUGUCAACCAUCAUCGUUGUCUCCAUUCUUCUCUUUCUUUGUUCCAGCUGUUACAGGGAAAAGAAAAAGAAACAUCAGAAUGGGGACCAUGAGAAUCUGAUGACAGCGCCUUCUGAUAAGGAAACCUACAGCCACUCUGUUACAAGCCUGGGGACUGAGGCACCGACUAGUAGUUACCGAAAUGGUGCAGUCAGUAAUGGCAAUGUUUCAGAAGACAGCAGCGCUGCCUGUAUUCAGCCAUACGAAGAUGUACAGGGCUCUCUCCCUGACCUAUGUGACCUUCAGGACUGCACAGGGAAAUCAACAAGGUGCCACCAAAGCAGAGAGCUACCCAGAAUCCCCCCUAACAGUAACCUAGAGACCAUGCUCCCAGCACAAGGCGAUGAAAAUGAUUUACCUCUUGGAAAUGAAGGGCCAUAUGAGGUGUUGAAGGAGAGUUCCUCUCAUGAGAACAUUAUUGAGGAUUGUCUGUAUGAAACUGUAAAAGAAAUAAAGGAUGUUAAUGGACUGUCCAGCAAAGAAGAAAGGAGAGAAGAAAGGGAUAGAUCUUUGGAUGAUAUUGGCCACCCUGUAAGCCCCAGGAAACAAGAAUUUAGGAUAGAGGCUGGUGCAGAAUACGCUUCUGUGGAUCACAACAGGAAAAGCCGCCAGAGCAUCAACACACAAAGUGCCGGCAGCACCCCGACAUCCCAAGAAGAGGACAUUCCUCCUCCACUGCCCAAGAAACUAUUGGAUGAAAAUGAAAAUGUGCAAAGCAAGGAACCGGAAGCAGAAUCAGGAGCCGCAGAGGAAAAUCUAGAGGGAGCUUGUCAAGAUGACAAAAGACUAAGUUCUGUAUCCUACAAAUCUCGAGAAGAAGAUCCGUGUCUUACAGAAGAGGAUAUUUCAGCCAUGUAUUCUACUGUGUCUAAAAUGGGACAGUCCUUUGAGCUUCAAGAGGAAUUCUCUCACUAUGCUUACAUUCAGGAUAUUGCACAGGACACGUCCCCAACCACUUGCAAUGGGACCUACGCCACUGUCAGAGACCUUGACAAAAGCCCAGAUAUCAUUGCUGGGCCCCAUGCAACGGACAAAGCAAACGGAGGGUCUGAUCCGGAGUAUGAAGCCAUUGCUAAUAUAAGCAGAGAAGAGGAGAGGACUAUGUUAUACGCUAAUGCACAUGGAGAGAGUGACUAUGAAAGUAUUGGGGAUUUGGUACAAAAUGCGGAUUUCACAAGGCUUUAGGGGGGGGGCUAAGGGUAGUAUCAUUUUCUCUUCUCCAGCUUGAAUAGCACAUGCCUGUGAUGGAGCCUUUUGUAUUGUUUGUCAUUGUGGAGUUGGGACAUAGAGAAAGCACAUCUGCUUACUGCUGCCUUCCAGGCCCACGUAGGGGCCUCUUCAUAUCAGCCUUAAAGAACAUGUGCCAGGCAUUAAACAUAAUCUGAACGAUUGCCAAAUGGGAACUGAUCUUGAAUUCUGGCAGCUUUUAAGUCGUUUUUGUAUCAUUUUUUUUUAAAGAAAUCCUCUGUAAAUGACUUCUAUUCUGCGGCUGUACUGUGUAUACAAAUAAUAGGGACUCGACAGUAUUGAUAAUUAUAUUGGGGGAGGGGGUGAAAGCUUAUGUUCUCAGCAGGAUGUACAUUAUUUAGAAUACCGUUGGAUAUGCCAGAAAGUAUUUUUUUGUUUCUGAAUAGCAUUCAAUUAAGUAGUAUGGCAGCAAGUGCAACGCUUGCAUUGUAAAAUGAAGUCUGCAAUAGAUUCACUCUAGAGAUUGAUGCCAGAGUAAAUGGGAUUAAGUCACGCCUCUGUACAGCUGCUCGGUUUUAUGCUCCCUUCUUAUAAUCGAGGUAUUAAAAUCUGUCUGGCUUUGUUUUAACCCAAAUCCAAUGUGAUGGGCCAAGUCUGGCAAUAGGAAAUAUGCUCUCUUCUAGCGAGAGCAUUAACCCAUUGUGCAAAAUGUAGUUGGUGGUGCUUUUUGUUUCGGCUGGCCCAGGGUUGCAAGUUCUAAUUUUCAAAUCCAGCCAAAGUCAGCUACAAAACCAGCCCAAAAAUAGCAAAAAAAAAAGUAAGAAAAAAAAUGAAUAUAUAUGAAAAUUUUUAACGAUUCUCAAAUUUUUCCAUGAAGCAAAAUAGGAGAGAUUAGCUUGUAACCAGGGACGUAAAUACAGAUGGGGGCCCAAGAAGUAUAGGGGCCCCAUAAGGCCCUAAUUCAUAUUCAAUUUCAUUAAAUAUUGGUAAAACGGGUCAACCUCCAGACAUUUUGGUGGCAAGAAGGUUUUUGACCCAAAUUGUCUGACGUGGAGGAAAAUGCGAGAAUGGGACGGAAAGCUGGGGUACAGAGCCCAAAAUCUGGUAACUCCUGACUUCUACACAAGUCAGUCCCAUUGCAUGCUGGGUAUUGUAGUCUUACAUUAAACUUGGCAGUUGGCAAGUUGUUAAACAAAAACUGCAUUACCCAACAUGCACUGGGAGAUGCAGGCUAGGCACAUUAGGGCAAGAAAAAAACUUUAGCUAGUUUCCAAAGCACAAACCAACCAAAUCUGUACCUUGGCUAGUUUGUACUUUCAAACUUGACUGGCCUUUAAAUUAGUAGCUCAAUUUGGCUGGGAAACCAUCAACUUGGCAACCCUGGGCUGGCUGCAGACAUUUAUUCAUACUAUCGGAUUUUAUGGUCAUGUCGGUACCUUUAUAAUCAGUUGAUCCGGUGCAGUUACUGCUGCAGAACAAUGAGAUAUCUUUAUUUGUUGUACUAUACAGUUAUAAACGGUACAGGAUAGAACACGGACGCUUGGGAGACUGGACCAUUACUAUAGUCAUUGGACUUGGGGCUGGUUGGAGACCAUGACAGGCUGGAGUUUAAUGUGUGAAUACACUUCACAUGAAGGAGGCCAGAACUGGAAAAGUGAGGCUGCGGUUAGCUGCCUUUUAUAUCCUAUGUUCUAUAUAAAUCUAUAAAUGAAUUGUCUUCUUAUUUCAGUCUCCCUUCCCCACCAAAGUCAAUGAUAUUUCUUGUUGCCUAAACAAAAAGGGCUGAAGGGGAGAUGCAUCAAAAUGAAAUGAGAAGCCGGACUCUGUGAGACCUUUUUAAAAUUGACUUUUAGUUACAGGUUCUGCUGCCCUCUAGUGGCAAUUUAGUGGAAUACUGGAACACGGAUGUACAUCGGAGGAGUAAUCUAAGGUUUUAUUAUAAUUAUGGUCCAUUUGACUAAAUAGCAGCAGCUCCAACAAGCAACCUUAUUUUAGUUCCAAUAUGACCAGUCCUGCAUGGUUUGCAAAGCAGUAUUUUUGAGGACAUGUUAGCAUUACUUAGGAAAGAAAAAAAAACAAUGCUAUGUUAUUGUUUAAUUUCCAGUUGAGGUCAUAUUAUAACAAUGUGUAGAAUACUAUAAAGUGAACACUAUAAAGUUAUAUAUUUCAUCAGUA